CAGAUGUUGAUAUUAGAUCUUAUAGAUUCUUAUAUAGUUAUAUAGAUCUAGAUCUAGAUAAUCAUUAUAUAAGUAUAAGAUCUAGAUUCUAGAUCUAUCUAGUUUCUACAGUCUAAAUCUAUCUAUAUUGCCCCUAUCAUUUAUUAUCUAGGUCUUAGCCCGGGCCUAAGCCUGAAAGAAAACAACUUAGAAAAAAUUAAGUUACGUAUAUGAGAAACAAGAUAUUUAUUUUUCUGAGCCAUGCAUGGGAAUUACAAUCAUAAUAUCCCAUCAGCAAGACGUCGAAUAUCACGAAUACGCUGUCUGCAGGAUUGCAUAACAAGUUUAAGAAAUCGUCAACCUUUUCCAGACUGCCUUUGUUACAUACCUUCAGAACUAGAGUAUACAACAUCUUACAAAACAACUUGGAAACUAUUGCAAUCACCUGACAAAACAUCAAAGGUCAUCAAGGAAAUACAAGCCACGCCAUCUACUCGUCUGAUUGUCAGCGGUGAAGAUUUUUGUAAUGGAGAUGGAAAAUGGCUGUGUGUAUUAAAGACUAAGUCAACAGCUAAUGAUGAUUAUGAGCAUGUGCCUGGUGAUUGUCUCUGGCUGCUCCUAUUUUCAAGUCGUAGCUCAACAGAAGAAACUCCCUCUGCAGUGCCAGUUCAGGAGGUUGUGAGCUACAGUAAAAGCAAGUUAAGCCUUCUUAAGAAGCAGCAGCCAAAAAUUAAAAGCUGGGAAGGAGUGAUUGAAGAACACUAUGCUCCUGUCCUUAAAAAACACAAGGCGUUCAUUGUGCCAGCUGAUAAAGAAGCUGUGGAUAGACUGAAAGCUUUAGAGAAGAACUGGACUUUGGAACAUGAUGCAGCGUUGGUUCAGGUCAUGUCCACCAAUAUUCCCCAAGAGACAGAGAACCUUGGAUCUCUUAGGGGAUUUGUAGAGGCUUUGGGAGUUUCGUCAUAUUCAUCUGGUGAUGGUGAAAGUGCCAAUCUAACAGAUGAUGACCCUAAUACUUACUGGGAAACAGAUGGACAACAGGGGCAACACUGGAUCAGGCUUACGAUGAAGAAAGGGACAAUUAUAAAGUCCCUAUCUUUGCUAGUUAACCUUGCAGAUGAUAACUAUCUACCAGAAACUAUUGUUGUGGUGGCCGGGGAAGCAGAUGAUGUUAAAGUUUUAAACAGUGUGAACAUUGUCUGGUCACCGCAGUCAAACACAGAAAUCAAAUUGUUAGAAAAUUUAACUGAACACUACUCUAUUGUGACCAUUAGGAUCAAGUCAUGCAAAUCUCAUGGAAUUGAUACUCGUAUUCGAGGGAUAAAGCUUCACUGUCUAGAAGAAAGAAGCCUGGGGUUUGACCAAGAGUUCUUCUCUGGAGAAAAAUUGGUGCGCUAUCCUCUGUUACAGUCUUUUUCUCCUUCAGUCAACUAUAGGCGCUCAGUGGUGCUACAAAGGUUUAUGUGGCUUCUAGACAGUGUGAUCCAUUACUUGAUCCCAGCCUGGCAGUCUUCUAUAGAGAGUUGUCACUUUCAGGAAGGAAGUACUCUUGCAAAUCUAGAAAGUAUUCGUCAACUUCUUCCAUUGUCAAAGAAAAGACUGGCACUGAUAGAUACAUUGCUGAAAGGCUCAGCUUCUGACCCAUCAGACAGGAAGAUUGUUUACAUCAAUCGUCAUGCAGCAUUUGAACACAGGGUGAAUCCAUCUGAUUACAACAACACAGUGUUCAUGCAACUCUAUGAAGGCCUAAAACCAAGAGACAGAGCAUCCACGCCACUUACAUACAGAUGGUCUUCCCAGAAUGAUCAGUGGUGGGAGUGCAAGUUUAUAUCUGAAGGAAUCAUUGACCAAGGAGGAGGAUUUCGGGACAGUCUGUCGGACAUGGCUGAAGAACUUUGUCCAUCUGACCCUGAUGCUCCUAUGGCACUGCCAUUUUUUGUCAGAACUCCCAAUCAGAGCAAUGAAGAUGGCAAUGUCAACCGUGAUAGUUACAUUCCAAAUCCUUCGUGUCAUAGUUUAGAAAAAUAUGAGUGGCUAGGACAACUUAUGGGAGCUUGUUUCAGGGGGAAAGAAAUUCUGAUUCUGUCACUGCCACCAUAUGUCUGGAAGCGUUUAGCAGGUGAGAGCUACAACUGGUCACGUGACUUUGCAACAGUGGAUGCAGCAGAGGUUCGUCUGAUUGAUAGCUUAGUAAACAUGGAUAGAGAGACGUUUCUAACAACAGGAAGAAGCUGGACAAUGGUACUUAGUGAUGGCAGCCAUGUUAGUCUAAAAGUGGACAGUGAUGGUAACCCCUUACCAUUAGCCUAUGAGGACAGGCUGGAAUAUGCUGAGAAAGUUCGAGAAAUACGCUUGGCAGAAUGUGACAAACAGUUAAAGGCACUGAGAAGUGGUCUCCUCAAAGUCAUUCCUGAAGCUGUGCUGGAGUUGUUAACUUGGCAAGAGCUAGAAACUAGGAUUUGUGGAGAGCCUGAGAUUUCUGUGGAGGCUCUGAUGAAAAACACAUUCUAUCAUCACAUAGAUGAAGAUGAUCUAAGAGUGAAGUACUUCUGGACUGCGGUGAAAAAUUUCUCAAAUGAAGACAGAAGUCACCUUCUCAGGUUCAUUACUGGUCGAAGGCGAUUGCCAGUUUCCAUAUUUAUAUCUUCUGGCAAGAAUAGUCCAACUAACCCUCUUCCUGAGUCAUCCACUUGUUGUAAUACAUUGCACUUACCUGUAUACACUGAUGAGAAAAUAGCAGAAGAAAGACUUCGCUAUGCUGCAUACAACUGUGUAUCAAUAGACACUGAUGAAUGAUUAAAACAAAAAAAGAAAUGUGAUUUGAACCAACUACAAACAAUACUCUGAUCUUUAAAUGGAAACAGAUGCCAACUACUUAUUUUGAACUUUUUCAUCCUAAUUUACUUUUGGUGAUUAUUAUAAGAAGAAAGAUCUUAGGCCAUCAUUGUGAUAUAUAAACAUGUUAUGAAUAAAUUAUUUGAACAAAAA